AUGUCGGAUUCUUCUCAAACUCUACAGCCCACAGCUUUAGAUAUGCACUGGGUGCGAGGCGAAGGAGCUGCGCACUCCACGACCACGAAUACAGUCAAACAUGCCCAGCCUAUCUCGACCAUGGCCAACUUGAGUCACCCUCGCUGCCACAGCUGGCCCCUCGAAGCCACUUGCAGUGACCCAUCUCGCAAACUCCUCGAGUCGUUUCCACCAGAAGUAAAGGCCGCCAUCUUCCUCGACGCCAUGAUCCCCUGCCUGCAGUCUCUCAUUCACCAAUCAUCGAUCUACACCUUCGUACCUAUUCGACGUGUGUUUGCCGUGGGGAAGGCAAUUGCCACGACGUGCCGAAGCUGGCGCUCAUUUUACUACGAAACUGUCCUCUGUUUUCGCAGUAACCGGCAUGGCGCGUUCAUUGGCGUUACGCUGGACGAGCUUGUGGCUCUCAGGCAGUGGCUCCCUGACGUAGCAGUGGUGGGCUGUCUGCUGUUCCUCGAAUGCGAUCCCAACGCCCUCCUUUUCCACUCGUCGCCGGAAGAACACCGAGUGCUUCGGAUUCUUAUUCGAGAUCCUGUCGCGUUGGCUGCCAUACAAGUCGUGGAAUGGGGGGAUCACAGCACGAACCGUUCGGCGUCCACCACGGUGCCCGAACUCAAUAUCGAGUCAUUUCGAAGAAUCCAGCAGCUAUUAACUGAACAGGCUCACGGUGAUCAUGCGCAAGUUCGGCGCUUGAUGAUGGAGGAAAUGACCUCGCUCUCUUUGGUCUUGAUGUCCAACAUCAUGUCCUUCCUCGCAGCUUUUCCCUCCCUGAAGAUCGCCGAGAUUCCAACCUGGAUGUUGCGGACUUUGUUGGGGUUCCCCUAUGACCGCUCUCAUCCCCUAUCCUCGCACCUGGUACAAUCGUUGAACCUCCAAUCAGUUUCCGCACAGGAAUUUGCGAAACAGUGCGGACUUGUAUUCGCACAUUUGGAUGGAAUCAGCAUUGUCGGGUACCCUUUCAUUAUCGGCGGCCUCAUCCACAACUUCAGGCAACCGAAUCCCAAUUACAAGAACCUCAUUCUCGGGGAGCUGGAGUUCCAGUCGAUGUUCAGGACGCUGCAUAAACGUCUUCACUCGCCGUCCACUUAUUUCAGCCAUAUGAAAGCCAUAGGUUGGCGCUCGAACCACAGGGAGGAGCUCGGACAUUUUGGAAAAAUCUUGGAGGCGAUUAUGUUCUUCGAACCUCGUGGUGGUCUCACUGAACUGUGCAUUUCAAACAAGAUAGCGGACUCAGUCCUAAACGAGACAUACCCCCUCCUCUCUAUUCCUUUAAUCCAGUCCUCGGCAAAUACCCUCCGUACACUGAUUCUCCACGUUGAUGUGUCCAUUCGGACGUCCAAAUACGACUUCGUUCCUGGCGGCGACCAUGUGUGUUUGCUGCACAACAGGCUCUUCAGAGGACUACCGAACAUCGAGCACUUGGCGCUUCGCGUUCCUUCCAUAUGCAGGGAAUUCUUCAAGGGACUGUAUAAGCCGCAAAAGCAACAUGGCAAGUUCAUCAUUGUCAUUGGACACCUCCGGAAGUCCUUGCCCAUUCCGUGCUCACACUCGCAACGUUUCUCCGACUUCGAUACCAUCAAGGCUGUCGUCGAAAUCCUGAAUGCAGGCCCCCCUUGCUUCAUGGGAAUGCCAGGCUGGGAUGUCCAGUUGCGUAUCGAGGCGAGGAUUGCCUCCCAACUUCGGGCACGCGACCCUCGGUCUUACACCCUCGUAGUUCCCCUUCAUGGAAACGUAGACGUCCUAAAGCUAUGGUCCAUUCGUCAGGAGAAGGCUCUAGACAACACUCGUUCAAACUGGAUUCAAGAAGUAUACAAGACUGCGGUUGACACGUUUAGAAUGGUCGGGGAAUUUAUCGAGACUCGCCCUGACAUCGAAGAUGAACACUUUCAGUGGCUGUCGUAUCCCCGCCGGCUCUACUGUCGGGAUUCGGAUGAUCUGGUUGCCUUCGAGGAUCCUCUGAUCAACAUCCUCUGGGAUAUAUCAUUUUCAGAUGAAGAUAGUCAAUGGAGAGAUUAG